CAAAUAUAAUGGCUUCUGCUGAGAAUUUUGACAGAGCUGCUCUCGAGCAACUCAUCACCAAGCGUUUCUUUUACGCGCCUUCUUUCCAAAUUUAUGGUGGUGUUGCCGGUCUUUACGAUUUCGGACCUUCUGGAUGUGCACUUUUCAACAACAUCGUUUCCGUUUGGCGUAACCAUUUCGUCUUGGAGGAAGAGAUGCUCGAAGUCGAUACUUCUAUUAUGACCACCUACGAUGUUCUUAAGACCUCUGGUCACGUCGAUAAAUUUUCUGAUUACAUGUGUAAGGAUUUAAAGAAUGGUGAAAUUUUCAGAGCUGAUCACGUCAUUGAGGCUGUCUUAGAGGCACGUCUCCAAGGUGAUAAGGAAGCCAGAUCCGCCAAGGCUGGCAAGACCACUGAAGAAAUCGCUGCUGAUACUGCUGCCGAUGCUGCUAACAAGGUCGAUAAAAAGAAGAAGAAGAAGAAGGGUGUUGUUGUUGCUGUCGAGUUAGCCGAUGACGUUCGUCAAUCUUAUGAAGAAUGUUUAGCCCAAAUCGAUAACUUUGAUGGUGAUGAAUUAACCGCUAUCAUGAAGAAGUUCGAAAUCCGUUCUCCUGAAUCCGGUAACGAACUUUCUGACCCCAAGGCAUUCAAUUUGAUGUUCGAGUCUUUGAUUGGUCCUACUGGUCAACUUAAGGGUUUCUUGAGACCUGAAACUGCUCAAGGUCAAUUCCUUAACUUCAAGAAGCUUUUGGAAUUUAACAAUGAUAAGAUGCCUUUUGCUUCUGCUCAAGUUGGUCGUUCUUUCCGUAACGAAAUUUCUCCUCGUUCCGGUCUUUUACGUGUCCGUGAAUUCACCAUGGCCGAAAUCGAACAUUACGUCGAUCCUGAUAACAAGGACCAUCCCAGAUUCAAUGAAGUAAAGGAUAUUGUCUUGACUAUCUUGGCCAAGGAUGUGCAAUUGAGCGGUAAGACCACUACCAGCCAAAUCACCGUUGGUGAGGCUGUCGCUAAAAAGAUCAUUGAUAACGAAACUCUUGGUUACUUCAUUGCUCGUAUCCACCUCUUUUUGGCAAAGAUUGGUAUCAAGAAUGACCGUCUUCGUUUCCGUCAACAUAUGGACAACGAAAUGGCUCAUUAUGCCGCUGAUUGUUGGGAUGCUGAAAUCAAGACCAGUUACGGUUGGAUUGAAUGUGUCGGUUGUGCCGAUCGUUCUGCUUAUGAUUUGACUGUCCACUCCAAGCGUACUGGUGAAAAGUUGAUUGUUCGUGAGCAAUUAGCUGAACCCCGUACCGUUGAGCUCUGGCAAGUUGAGAUCAACAAGAAGACCUUUGGACCCAAGUACAAGAAGGAAGCCAAGGCUGUCGAAGAAGCUCUUUUGGCUCUUUCCGACGAUCAAUAUGCCGCUCUUGCUCAAGAAUUAGAAUCCAACGGUGUUGGAUCUGUUCAAGUGAAUGGUGCCGCUGUUGAGGUUGGCAAGGAAAAUGUUACUGUCAAGAAGGGUACUGUUACCGAACAUGUCCGUGAAUACACUCCCAGUGUUAUUGAGCCUUCUUUCGGUAUCGGUCGUAUUCUUUACUCUCUUUUGGAACACAGCUGGUGGGUUCGUGAAGAUGACGAGGCUCGUAACGUCCUUUCUUUCCCUACCAUUGUUGCUCCCUUCAAGUGUUGUCUUUUACCUCUUUCUGGUAACGAGCAAUUUGUUCCCUUUGUCCGCAAGUUCUCUCGUGAGCUUCGUGCUGCUGGUAUUUCUCUCCGUACUGACGAUUCUAAGGCUUCUAUCGGUCGUAGAUAUGCCCGUAACGAUGAGCUCGGUAUUCCUUUUGCCAUUACCAUCGAUUUUGAUACUGUUCAAGAUGGAACCGUCACUCUCCGUCAACGUGACUCCACUGAGCAAGUUCGUGACUCUUUCGAAAACAUUUUGAAGAUUCUUAAAGAAUCCAACUAAUUUUACAUAUCUACAUACACGUUCCUCUCUUUUUAAACAAUUCAAAAAUAAAUUUUUAUAUAUUAUUUCGCGCAUUUUUGAAAAAAAAAAAAAA